CAUUUGCUCUCACUUUGCUUACGUCAUGUCCUGCAAUAGCCGCAUAGCUCUCUCUCUCUCUCUCUCUCUCCUUAAUUUAAUCGUCAUAUUUUGAAGCUUCCUCCUUUUCCAUGAACCCACAGAAACCAACCCUUUUGAGAACCAGUCAAAUUUAACAUGCAAUAGAAUAAAAGUUGCAUAUCCUUCUCCUUUUCUUUCACUUUUUCUGGAUCAAUUCCUCCAAAAUUUCUUUUCUUCUACACAAACAAGUCAAACAUCUAAGAAUAUACAUAUACCAGAUAGAAAAAACAUCUCUUUCUAUUCCCUCUUCUUUUUAUUUUUUCUCUUUAUCUUAAAUUGUUAUUUUAGUUUAUUUAAGAGGUGAUCAAAGGAUAUAUUCAGAUCUUUACGAUAAAGAACAGCUUCAAAACCAGCUCAAAAUCUUCGAUCUUUCAAGGGAAAUGGACUCUGAUUUCUGGACCUCUCGCCUAGCUGCCGCAAAAAGGCAAUACACCUUGCAGCACCAUCAUCAGAUUCAGAGUUCCCACUUAGAUCGGUUGAGCAUCGAUGAUUUCGAGGUAGAAGACGAGGUCCGACCCGAUUUCCCAUGUCCCUAUUGUUACGAAGAUUUCGACAUCGCAUCUCUGUGUUCCCACCUCGAAGAUGAGCACUCUUGCGAGUCCAAAGUCACCGUUUGUCCUAUUUGCUCUGUUAAAGUUGCACGGGACAUGCUAAGUCAUAUCACACUGCAACAUGGACACUUGUUCAAGUUGCAGAGACGUCGCAGAUUGCGUAGAGUUGCAAUUCCAAACAGUCAGGCAUUGUCUUUACUUGGUCGGGAUCUUCGUGAGGCUCAUUUACAAGUGCUCUUAGGUGGUGGUGGAUAUAGGUCAAGCAAUGCUAAUGUGUCUAAUGCAGCUACUGACCCAUUCCUUUCAUCACUUAUUUUGAAUUUCCCUGCAUCUGAAGCUGAAGAAAUUUCGAAAUCUGUGGCAACAAGUGUGGAAGAUAGUCCUGCAAAAAAUGCAGCGCCAGCAUAUAUGUGGCGAUCAAGUUUCGAUCCUUCUUUGAGUUAUGAAGAAAGGGAGAAAAGGAUGAGGCAGGCUGUUGGAAGAGCUGGUUUUGUGCAGGAUCUUCUUCUCUCAACUUUGUUAAGCGACUAACAAAAGCAGUAAUUCAUUAAGAAAAAAUAUAUAUAUAAUAAUGGAUGAGAUCCAAAAAUCUUCAUAGGAGGUCUUGGGGUGCGAUUCUAAUUGUUUUUACAUUGCUCAACCACCUCAAUGCAUACCUCAUUUAUAUAUUGAAGCAGCCCUGUGACUGCUGGAUGAUAGAUUAAUUAUAUCUCAUCCUUUUUAGUUCAUCUUGACGAGCUGUACUACCUUAUUCAGAAAGCCAGAAACAAUGUUCUUCUUGUUUAUGGAAGACUUUAAUCUAUGGAUACAUGUUCAUGUUGCAAGAUAAACCCUUUGAAUGCCUAUUUGCAGCACAGCAUCAUGUAGAGCAUUAUGCUCUAUCAGUCCUGCGCAGGUGAGCCAUAUGGAGGGAGAAGAAUGUUCAAUGCUUGGUUCAUGGCUGCGUGUAAAAUAACUGACGUAACGAAACAUAUUGAAAAUGCCCACGACUUGAUCCUAUAUCAUGUGUUGUUUUAGUACACCCAGAAGGAAAUUCGCAUUGAACGGUAACUUGAUAAGCCACACUAAAAAAUUCCAAGUAAAAUUUGAGUUUUCACACAACUUUGAUGUAUAGGAUUGAGAUUUGAAGAUUGAAAUUAUUUUUCAGGAAAAAGCAUUAUAAUUAUUUUUUAGGAAAAAGUAUUAUUUUGAUAUGUUAAAAAAAUAUUAUGAAAAAAGCUAUUUUAGUGUUUUAAUAAUUAAUGUUCAUUAAAUUAAAUUUUAAUUUUUUUAAUGUUUUCUAAUUAACAUAUUUAAAAAAAUACUUUUCUGAAAUUUCAUCAGUAGCGUAUCUUUAGUGAACUGAUGAGAACCACAAUGGAAUAUUUCUGUUGUUUGAGUAUAUGGGAUAACCCUUCGAUACCAUUACCCCUUGAAAGUGCCAUUUCAAUACAUCAUUAGCCCAUAGUUUCAAUUGUGGGAUUCAACUGUGGGAUACAGCACGUAAGAAUCUGAGCAACCUUAUCUAAUUGACUACAAGCUGUUCUGGAAGGAAAAUUACCCCUUCGCAGAUGUGCUUCUCACCAGAAAAAAAAAUAAUAAAUGCUAAAUAACUCGGCUACCAUUCCAUGGAUGAUUGUUGCAUCCCAAGUGGAGCAAAGCCAACCACACCACCAAAACGACAAGGAAAGCCACUAGUUCCAAGUGUUUUAGUGCCUGUUACCAAAUGGAAUUUGGUGGCCUCGGGUCGGUGCUACUAAAUCAUCACUCAUCACUUCUGGGUGAUUCUGUUCAGAGAUAAAAUGCCCAAGUUGCUCGGUCUUCCACUGCAGUUAGAUAUGCACGCAUUCUAAAAUUCAACGCUUUUUCCACUUCUAGUUGUUCCUCUUCCCCUAAAACUCGCGUGUAUCAAUCUCCAUCAGCCCUUGCAUCUAGCGGUCUUAAAUGGCCAGAACUAACUGUAGUCGAUUGAUUGUCUAAUAAGAUUCAGAUAUUCCUUGCUACACAGAGUAGAAGUUUUCUUUACGAGGUUUCUUCUCGUGUAAGGCGAUAGGCUUGAGAGGGUCAUCUUCAGUUUUGAGGUCUCUCUGUCUCUGUCUCUCGGAACUCGGGUAAGGUAAUUUCUUCGGAGAAAGAGGAUAUGGUUGUGGAGCUGUUUGUGUUGGGUUGCACUGGAGUUGUGAUGUUGCUCCACGGGGCUAAUUUCUUCUUCCAUGUUCUCUCUCAGCACCUCGCCAUUCGUUCUCUCAGUUUUCUGGGCUUUGUUGGAUGGUGAAGGAAAAAGAGAGAAAGUGGAGAUGGUAGCUUGCAGUGCUUCUCUUUGUAUGUAAUUAUUUUUUGGGCUAAAUAACGUUGUGCUAGUGCAGAUUGUAAAAGCAAUACUGCCUUGAAAUAAUGGAGAACUCUAUAUGGAUUUUCGAUAUAAAUUUAUCUUCUUUGAUUCA